UUAGAGGCGCACGAGCACGCAGGUGGAACGAAGCGAACGGAAUGGACUGCGCGCACUGGUGGAGCCGACACUAAGGACGCGUACGCGCACUGGCGAGCCGCGAGUCCCCCGCGUGCCUUUUGGAUUAUCAGUACCAUAGCUAAAGAGAGAGAGAGAAGAGACGAGUGCGCAUAGCCGUUCCUAUCUGCACGGACCCCUUUGCCACGCGUGACAAAUCUGUUCCGCAGUUAUGCGCAUAUCCGUGAGGACUCUGCUGCUCGCGAGCGUCUUUUUCGUGGAGUGCGCCGCAGAGACUGAGCUAUGCGCGCCCGUGCGCUUGGACACCGAGCAGGCGGACUUCUCUCAGUUCGGCGCGGGCGCGCUGCCACCGCGCGCGUCUUUCCGCGUGAGUGCGUUCGGCCAGGACCUUGUCCUCGAGCUGCGACCAGAUUCCGCUUUCAUCGCGCCCGCGAUGGAGAUGCGCGCGCACCCCGGUGCCCCAGACCUAAGCCGGUGCUUCUACGCCGGCCACGUGAACGCGGACGCGCUGUCGUAUGCGGCGCUGAGCUUGUGCGGCGGCAUGCGCGGCGCGUUCGGCUACGACGGCUGGGAGUACUUCAUCGAGCCUGCGGCCGGCGAGGAGGGCGCAGUGGAGGGCGCGCACGUGAUCCGGCGGCGCACCAACGGCGAGCGGCGAUGCGCCGUGGACGGAGACCUCGGGGGCUCCAGCGCGGCCGUGGCACGCGCUUUGGGGAAGCUGCGGAAGCGCGCGGAGGAGGAGGAGAAAGAGGAGAACGAGUUGCGCACGACGGCCCUGAAAAGCCGCUCCAAGCGCUUCGCUUCCGUCCCGCGCUACGUGGAGACGUUGGUGGUGGCAGACGAAUCCAUGGCCGACUUCCACGGAGACGACCUCAAGCACUACGUGCUCACUCUGAUGUCCGUGGCCGCGCGCCUCUACAAGCAUCCGAGCAUCCUUAACCCCAUCAGCAUCGCCGUGGUCAAAUUCAUGGUCAUCGGCGACGAGGAAAAAGGGCCCAAGGUGACCAACAACGCGGCCAUGACCCUGCGCAACUUUUGCACUUGGCAGAAAAAGGUGAACAAGAACAGCGACAAGCACCCGGAAUACUGGGACACGGCCAUUCUCUUCACUAAACAGGAUCUGUGUGGGGCCUCCACCUGUGACACUCUGGGCAUGGCAGAUGUUGGCACCAUGUGUGACCCUAAGCGGAGCUGCUCGGUGAUUGAGGACGAUGGCCUACCAUCUGCAUUCACCACUGCCCAUGAACUUGGCCAUGUCUUCAAUAUGCCUCAUGAUAAUGUGAAAGCAUGUGAGGAUAUAUUUGGAAAGUUGCAGGACAAUCACAUGAUGUCUCCUACCCUAAUCCGGAUCAACCGCACCAGCCCAUGGUCUCCCUGCAGCGCUGCUAUCAUCACAGACUUUCUGGACAGUGGGCAUGGUGAGUGUUUACUUGACCAGCCCCAGAAGCCUUUGGCCCUCCCUGAAGUUCUCCCUGGUGCAUCCUAUGGUCUGGAGAAACAGUGUGAGCUGGCAUUUGGGAUUGGUUCCAAGCCAUGUCCACUAAUGCAGGCUCCGUGCCAGCGGCUGUGGUGCACGGGGAAGACCCGCGGGCAGCCCGUCUGCCAGACACGCCAUUUCCCCUGGGCAGACGGCACCAGCUGCGGGGAUGGCAUGGUUUGCCUACGUGGCAUCUGCCUAGAGAAGCAGGAGGUCAUGAAGACAAAGGUGGAUGGAAAGUGGGGCAAAUGGGGGGCAUUUGGAACUUGCUCUAGGACUUGUGGUGGUGGGGUGCAGUUGGCGAGGCGAGAGUGCAAUAACCCACUGCCAGAGAACGGAGGCAAAUACUGCCAAGGAGUGAGGGUCAAGUACAGAUCCUGCAACCUCACACCGUGCCCUGACACUGGGAAGAGUUACCGUGAAGAACAGUGUGAGGCCUACAAUGGCUUCAGCCUGAACACCAAUCGCCUCGCACCCUCCGUCGUGUGGGUGCCCAAGUACUCAGGAGUGUCUCCUAAAGACCAAUGUAAGCUGAUAUGCAGGGCUAAUGGAACUGGCUACUUCUACGUUCUGGCCCCCAAGGUUGUGGAUGGAACUCCAUGCUCUCCUGACUCCUCAGGGGUCUGUGUCCAAGGCAAAUGCUCCAAGGCUGGCUGCGACGGCAAACUGGGCUCCAACAAGAAGUUUGACAAGUGUGGUGUGUGUGGGGGAGACAACAAAAACUGCAAGAAGAUAUCAGGACUCUUCACAAAACCUACCCAUGGCUACAACUUUGUUGUCAUGCUUCCGGUGGGUGCUUCCAACAUCGACAUCCGCCAACGUGGCUACAAGGGCAUAGUGAGCGAUGACAACUACCUGGCUGUGAAGAACAGCCAGGGCAACUACUUGCUGAAUGGAAACUAUGUGGUGUCAGCAGUGGAGAGGGACAUCCUGGUGCGAGGGAGCCUGCUCCGCUACAGUGGCACAGGCGGACAGUCUGAGACCCUGCAUGCUGUUAAGCCUCUGGGGGAGCCGCUGACUGUAGAGGUGCUGUCUGUGGGCCAAAUGACCCCUCCCCGCAUCCGCUACUCCUUCUACCUGAAGCGGGACAGCAAAGAGGAAAAGACAGCAAAGAAGGUGGGCAGGGAACAGGCAGAAAACAGUGUCCUGGUCGAUGAGGGCGGGAUCAAUGGGAAAGAAGCCGACCUCCUCAUGGAAAAGCUCGCAUCCUCUUAUGCCAAAGAGGCCCCGCCCCCUGGGAAGUGGGCAGCAGCCAGGUGGGAUGAAUGCUCAGUGACUUGUGGGAACGGCCUCCAAAGGAGGCUGGUGCAGUGCCUUAGGGUAGACGGUGGCCCUGGAACAGACUGUGACCCAGCCAAAAGGCCCAAUGCCAUGCGGGUGUGUGGGGAUCCCUGUCCCGUGUGGGAAAUGGGUGAUUGGUCUCCUUGCUCCAGGAGCUGCGGGAAGGGCUUCAAAAGACGCCCCCUACGCUGUGCCACCCAGACAGGGAUGCUGUUGCCGAGGGAGCACUGCACAGGCAUGAAGAAGCCGCAGGAGCUGGACUUCUGUUCGUUAAAACCCUGUUAAUGACCCCCACCCCCACACACUCUUCCAUUAUCUCCUUUCAUGGACUUGUCACUUUGUCAAAUGAUACUCGACAAAGAAAAAAAAAGAUAAACGAUCCAGGACUUUACUUGUUCUGGUGCAUUUUGUUUUAAGUUCUUGCGUACUGCCUGCGAAAAGGGAACAACAUGAAGAAGAAGAAAAAUGUACAAAAUGGUAAAAGGAAAUGAUCUCAUAUAACAGAGAGAGUAACCGAAAGAAAAGAGGUGGAAAGACAGGGUUAAACACGGUUGUAAACAGUGUUCUACCUCUAAUUGUAACCCAGCUCAAACUAAACUUUAACCAGUUAUCCCAAAUAACUGCCCCAGUAAUGAUACAACAGACAUAUCAUUGCUGUCCAAACCUCCGCCCCUAAAAAACAGGUAUCUCUUUUCAUGAAACUGUUAUAAUUAAUGGACCACUAGAAAUGUUCCAGAAUAGUUUGGAAUAAAAUCUUUCUACAUUAGCUUCCACUGAAUGUACAGAAAGUUUUUGCCGUCUUCUGCAAAGUUACCAUUUUGGAGAUACUUGUUUUUCUUUGGACAGGGAUGAUAUACUGUAUAUUUGUCUCUUGCUAGUAUGAUCCUGUUGAAUUUGCAGCCAGGUCAGUUCACUGACUAUACACAAGAUUUUCCCUAAAAACCCUGCACUUUUAUGUGAGCAUUUGAUAAAUGACCAUGGUGACACCCUUCAAAGAAUAUUUGCUGUUGAGGCCAACUCAAACACUGAUAGUCUCCUGGGUCAAAAAAUAGCAUUCCACAGCUAGAUAGCAAAUUAGCACAGAAAAUGCCCUUGUACUGCAUGAAACUGGCUGCAACUGUCCUUCUUAUGUUAAAGGCACAGACAUGGUAGGGAGAGGCUGGUGAGAUUAAACUGGGUUCAAGUUGGACAUUAACAGGGUCAGGAGUGCGACACUUGCCUGGGGUACAUGCUCAAGAUGUUAGUAAUUGCAAAAACAGUUUAAUGAUUUGAUUGUUUUCCAUCAUCAGUGGUGCUCUCCACCAUUUUAUCCCACAGAUAUAUUCUUAGUCCUGAGAAUAUUCUGGAGAAACAGUUGUUUAGAGAAUGCCUUCAAAUGACUCUAAUGUUUAUUUUGAUUACAACAUAAAACAAUUGGCUAACGAUUAGCAUUGCUGCAGUAUCUCCUAUCUGCAAAAUCUUGAGGCAGUGGGAAUUGCUGGUUUGCCCAUGCUUUAUUCUGUGGGGAAAAUGUGAUAUCUCUAUCUUGUAGUUGAAAAACAUGACAAGACCUUUUUUAUCUUGGUUUUUAAACAAGUUAAAAAGACUCCAUUCAUCACAAAACUAGACACGUUUACAUGCAGCAUGAUAAUCCGUUAAUAAUCCUACUAAUAGCUUUAUCAGAAUAUAUCAAGAUAUACACCUCAGUCGGAAGAGACUAGUCCGAUUGAGGCCAUUUGGAAUAUAAUUUCUUUCUGAUUGAAUAAGGUUGUUAAACCUGUAAAUAAUCCAUUAAGUAGAAGAAUAACAGGCAUGUAAACACCUGUAUCUGAUUCCAUUCCCAGUCGGAAAUUUCUGCGCAUGUGUAUUUGCACUGUAAUGGGUGCAUUUAUAAUAAUAAUAAUAAUAAUAAUAAUAAUAAUAAAUUACAUUUAUAUAGCGCCUUUCACAAACCCAAGGUCGCUUCACAUAGCAAAACAAAACAAAAAAAAACUAUACAGAGGAGGAGGAAGAAAAAUGUCUUUAAGUCAGACGUUCAACAUGACAAGAGCCAGAAGCUGGUUAGGAUGGCUAGUAGGUUGGGUCGCCAUAACGCUUCAGUUGUAUAUAAGCAAAUGAACGACAGUGAGUUCACAUGAGCUGUAUCUCAGAUACAUGUCGCCAGACGUCUUCCUCUUGCCCCCUUUAAUAAGUACAUGUGAAGUACGUUUUGCUGAGUCUGCCAUAAUUUUAAAGUCAUUAAAAACACAAGUGUGUUGACGGUAAACUCAGGUAACACACUGCUGCUCGUCUCACACUGACUGGAUUAACGUGAUGCUCGUUGUCAUAGUAACAUCUACAGAGUGGUUCUCUACACAUGCAUACUUAAGAAGCCAGCUAUAAUGUAUAACUGGAAUAUUUGCAUGUAAACGCAGACACUGCGAUUUAAAACAUUGGUGAAGGCCACUUUAACGGGUCAUAGAAUAGGAGGAAUAAAGCACCAAAAGCUGAAAUGGAACUGAGAAAACUCUCUAAGUUAGUAUGUUAGCUUUUCCAGACUCUCUCCAGCCCUCUCAAAAAUAGGCCAAGAUCACCUAACCAACAUUUCACCACGUUAUCUCCAACAACUGUGCCCCAUGCUUUUCAUCUCAUUUUGUCAUCCCACUCCUUCAUCGUUUGUUUACUCAUUUGUCUCAGUUGUACUCCUCCUCUCCUCCACUCUUACCAUUGAGCCAGAGGUGCAGCUGCUACGAUCAAGCCCUGUCUGGUACAGUUGCCAUAUUAACUAAGUUAUUGUUACUAUUAGAGUGAUUUUUAAAGAAGAGGCAGCUUGCGGUGCGAGGUUGGUGCGGUUUCCGACGCCAACCUGCCGAGCUGUUCUUAAGUGUAAAAUCCUGUAAUGCAUCAUACAGCAAAACAUAUACGCGCAAGGUUCUUCAGAGCGACCAUAUCGUCCAUCUAAAAGAUGGUUCCUGUAUUACUUGGAAUGUUUAUUGUUUUGUUUUGGUUUGUCUUUCUUUUGCGCUUUAGUUAGGCAAAAGAUUUCAACGUCCUGCAUGGGCUGCCUUGUAUACCAUGUAUACAUCCAUCUGGCUGUGCACAAAUAAGUCGUGUAAAUACCUUUUUAUGUCUUUUAUUGAAAUAUGUAUAUGUUUUUUUUUUUUAACGCUGGCAUUUUGAAUUGUCAUGACUUCAAAGGUAUUUAUUCCAAAUAAAACAUGUACAAACAAAUCA